AUGGCAUCUAAAGGUGCCGUCUUGCCUCUGCUGAGGCGUGAAUUACGGGCCUCUUCAUCUCGGUUCUCACGAGCCUCCGUAUCCACGAUCGCCCGUCCCGCCGCUAGUCCGAGCCCGUUUGCGACCUCCGGGAGGCGGAUAGCUCGACGGACAGCUCCCUUCUCCCCGUUCAGCCAGAAUCGUGCCUUUUCGCAGUCGGUAUCAAGGACGUUUACAGAUGAGAAUGGUGACUUUGAUCCUCGUUCAGUGGAGCGGGAGUCCGACGAGGUGGAUGUCUGCAUCGUGGGAGGCGGUCCCGCCGGUCUUGCCGCUGCCAUUCGAUUGAAGCAACUUGCCAAUGAAGCAGGCAACGACGAGUUCCGCGUUCUUCUCCUGGAAAAGGCCGGUGAGCUGGGAGCCCACAUUGUUUCUGGCAAUGUGCUCCAGCCGACUGCGCUCAACGAGCUGAUCCCCGACUGGCUGUCCGAAGACAACCCCAACCGUUUCGAAGGCGCGACCCCCGCCAAGGGUGACAAGAUGCGCUUUCUCACCAAAAAUUCGUCUUUCCCACUCCCCGCACCACCCCAGAUGAACAACCACGGAAACUACAUUAUUAGUCUCAACGAAUUGACCAAAUGGCUGGGCGAGCGCGCGGAGGAAGUUGGGGUGGAGGUGUACCCCGGGUUUGCGGCCAGCGAGGUCGUUUACAAGUCGGACGGCUCCGUGAAGGGUGUCGCGACCAACGACCUCGGAAUUGGCCGAGAUGGGAAACCCAAGGACACCUUUGAGCGGGGCAUGGAGUUCCACGCGCGUGUUACGCUUCUCGGCGAGGGCUGCCAUGGCAGUUUGUCCAAGCAGGUGAUCAAGAAAUACGAUCUGCGACGAGACAGCGAGCCCCAGACCUAUGGGCUGGGGAUCAAGGAAAUCUGGGAGAUCAAGCCGGAGAAGUUCCAGUCCGGUGAGAUUGUCCAUUCGAUGGGCUACCCGUUGCCCAAGGAUACCUACGGUGGAGCUUGGAUGUACCACUUUGGGGACAACAUGGUGAGCAUCGGUUUGGUGGUGGGCCUGGAUUACCCCAAUCCCUGGCUGUCACCAUACGGGGAGUUCCAGAAGCUCAAGCACCACCCUCUCUUCAAGGAUGUGCUGGAGGGCGGCAAGUGCAUUUCCUACGGCGCCCGUGCCUUGAACGAGGGUGGGUUUCAGUCGAUUCCCAAAUGCGCGUUCCCCGGUGGUGCCCUGAUUGGUGACACCGCCGGGUUCUUGAACGUUCCCAAGAUCAAGGGUACUCACACCGCAAUGAAGUCGGGCAUGCUGGCUGCCGAAGCGACAUUUGCGGCGCUGCAGGGUGAGGACAACGGCACUGUGUUCCUCUAUGACUACGAGAAGGGGCUGCGGGACUCGUCUAUCUGGAAGGAGCUGUAUGAGGUGCGCAACAUUCGACCUUCGUUCAACUCCCCGCUAGGAUUCUUUGGCGGGCUCGCCUAUUCCGGGCUGGAAGCGUACGUGCUGCGGGGCAAGGUGCCGUGGACCCUGAGCCACCAUGGUACAGAUUCCGGGGCCACUCGGCCUGCCUCCGAGUACAACAAGAUUGAAUACCCCAAGCCGGACGGCGAAAUCAGCUUCGACAUCUUGACUAGUGUGAGCCGGACUGGCACCAACCACGAGGAGGACCAACCUGUGCACUUGCAGGUCGAAGACUGGGACCAGCACAAGGAUCUUGCAUGGCCCCAAUACAAGGGUGUGGAGAACCGCUUCUGUCCUGCCGGUGUCUACGAGUACGUCGAGGACACCAGCAAACAGCACGGCGUCCGGUUCCAGAUUAACUCACAGAACUGCAUCCACUGCAAGACGUGUGAUAUCAAGGUGCCCACUCAAGAUAUCAACUGGCAGACACCCCAGGGUGGCGAGGGCCCCAAGUACGUGAUGACAUAG